AUGGAAAAUUUAGCAUCAAAAUCUAAAUUAAUGAACUUUAAGAAGAUAUUAGAACAUAUAGAAGAAACUCAAAAGUAAAAGAAAGAAUCUAUUGAAAAUAUGUUAAUUAUUAACAUCAAAUAACUUGAAGAACUCUAAAGAGCAUUUCAUCAAUUAAAAUCAAAUAUUGUUCAAUAAUUAGAUUAUUUAAUAGGAAAUACAAAUGAAUGGAUUAAACAAAUUUAGAUAUGGGGACAAUUAAAUGUUACAUAUAGUUUCUUUGAUGAAUUAGAAAAACUAAUUAAUUAAACAAAACUUGAUUAAACCAAUUAGAAAUCUAUAGUUGAUCAAAUUAAUUAAAUUAAUUAAUCAUGGAAUCAAAAGAUCUUUAAAAAAUUAAAUUUAUUUAAAUCAUUUUAAGAAACUUAGAAAUGUGAAGAGCUAUUAAUAAGUUUACAAAAUAUCAAUUUUAUUAAUGAAAAGGAAAUAUUGAUCAAAGAAAAUUAAGAAAAUGAUAAUAAAAAAUAAAAGGAAGUGAUUUAAGGAUAUAUAUAAUAGAAUCAAUAGAAAUAAUAAUUAAUAAUUAAUAAACAAGUUGAACUUAAAUUAAUUGAUGAUUCUAUAUAAUAGAGUGGCUAUUGUAGAACAAUAAUUUUUGAUAACACUGGAUCAAUCAUGAUUUCAUGUGAGGGUAAGGAGAUUAAUAUAUGGAAUUUUGAAUUAGGAAGAUUAACAUUAAUUAAUACAUAUUCAUAACAUAUAAAGGCUGUUACAUGUUUGGUUUAUAGCAAAUUGAGAAAUAACUUUAUUUCUGGUUCUUAUGAUAAGACUAUCAUUAGUUGGCAAUAAAUUAAUCAAAAAGACUGGAAGUGUUCAUAACCAUUCUAAUAACAUAAUGAUUAUGUUAAUUGUUUGAUAUUAAAUAAAUAGGAGGAUCAACUUAUUUCAGGAGGUUCUGAUAAAUCAAUAAAAGUUUGGAAUGUAGAUUUUAUUAAGAAUGAGCUGAAUUUUCAGUAUUCAUUAGAUCACCAUAGAAAUAUUGUAUUUUCAUUCUGUUUUAAUUCAUCUGAAACUGUAUUAGUAUCAUGUGGAUAUUCAGAAUUUAUCAUAUGGGAAAAAGGAGUAUUAAAAAAUAAGGUUUUUUCAAUUUUCUAAAUGAAUUUAAUUAAUUUUUUAAUUUCAUUAUGUAUAGAUAAGAUGUUUCAGAUUAUGGAUAUUAAUUACAUUUAAUUAAUGAUCAAUAAUUUCUUUGGGUAACUUUAAAUAAGAAUGUUGAUGAUAUUUUGGUGUUUGAAAUAAAGAAUAGAGUCUUUUAAUAAAAUAUUAAUAAAACUAUUAAAUUGA